AUGAGUCUCAAGUCAGACGUUAUCUGCGCCGUGGUCAUUACUUGGGUAGCGGCCUUGCUGGCGCAGAUCGGUCGCGUAUUUGCGCGACGCAUGACAAAGGUACAAUGGUGGUGGGAUGACUACUUUUGCCUCGGCGCCUUUAUCGUCGGUAUAGGAUACAAUGUCGUGAUGAUCUACUGGACCGAGAAAUGGUACCUUGGCUCGACGAUCCCCGAUACCGUGAGUGAAGAGGAGUAUGAGAACAUCAAUCUCCAUGCGCGUUUGAUGCAGUUCCUCAUCUCCCAGACCUAUUCAUACUCGAUCGGCUUCUCUAAACUGUCCAUCCUCCUGUUCUACUGGCGUAUCUUUAAACAAUCUGCGAUCCGAAUCCCAAUCCAGGUUCUACUUGGCCUUAGUGUGUCAUGGCUCAUCUUACGAACCUUUAUGGUCACGUUCCAUUGUCUUCCAGUUCAAGCUUAUUGGGAUAAGAGCAUUGAAGGUGCCGUCUGUAAGAUCAACGACUCUCAGUUCUUUUUCGGCACCUGCCUUACACACUUUGCUCUCGACGUCGUUAUCUUGGCCUUGCCCAUCAUUGAAGUCUUCAAGCUUCGACUACAAAUGGGGCAGAAGAUUGCCAUCACUGCUCUCUUCGUUAUCGGUUUCGUUGUUUGUCUUGCGUCAACGUUUGUUGUUGUCGAAUCAAUCAGAUACGAUGUCAAUACAACGCAAAUGCCACGAGACAUGGCCCGAAAUGACAUGUGGGGUGUUGUCGAAAUUAACAUUGCCAUUGUCUCUGGAUGCUUUCCUCUUCUACGGCCCAUCUUCACCAAGAUUCUCCCUAAGAGAUUCCUCAGCUCUGCUGGAAGCAGUCAUCCCAUCAGCCGAACCACAAACGCUAUACGUCUUACCACCAUCAACCGCACCAACAAGGAAAGGGAAGCAGACGACGACAACAGCUCUACCCAGGAACUGGCCGAUCCCGAAAGAGGAAUUCAUGCAAACUUCGAAAUUAUCGAUAUCAAGGAGGGUCCUCGGACGUAUAUCUCAAGCCGUAAUACUGAAUCUUUGCAUUCAAGAGAGCAGGAUAUGAGCGGUAUCUAUGUACGGAAUGAUGUUGUGCAAGAGGUAGAAGAGUCCAACUAUGGAUAUUCGUCGAGGCGAUAA